AUGCAUCGGUGUUCCGGGUCUGGGGAUCUCGUGUCUUUGUCCGCGAUACGUCUGCGAACAAGCUCUCCUCCCGCGCGUUCCUUGGGUGCUGCUUCGGUAGACCCCCUACCUCCCCAUGGUCCUGCCCCCUCAGGUGUUUCCCAGGUAGACCCGGUCGAGCCUGUCGAGGUAGCUGUCGGCUCUGGUCCUGCACGAGGUACUGAGCCAGAGCGUGCUGAGCCUGGAGGUGCUGAGACUGGGGGUGCUGAGCCUGGGGGUACUGAGCCUGGGGGUACUAAGACUCAAGGUGCUGAGACUCGGGGUGUUGAGCCUGAGGGUGCUAAGACUGGGGGUGCUGAGCCUGGGGGUGCUGUGACUGGGGGUGCUGAGCCUGGAGGUACUGCGCCUGGGGGUGCUGCAUCUGACCGACCUGCGCCUGGGGGCACUUUCUCUUCCCAGCAGCUGCGUGAGUGGUACUCUCGGCACUGCCGCCGCCAACGUGGUGCUAUGGGAGCUGGGGGUGCUACUGGAGCUGGAGCUGGGGCGCAGGAGCUACUAGUGCUGGUGUGGCUGCCGACCGUGGGGUUAGCGCUGGAGGUGAUGGAGCCACUGGUCCUGGAGGUGCUCGUACAAGAGGUACUGGAGCUGCUGGGCCUGGUGGUGCUGCUGGAGCUUGAACUAUUGGAGGUGCUGGAGCUGGCGGUGCUCCUGGAGCAGGUGCUACUGGAGGUACUGGAGCUGGAGCUGCUGCAGGUGGAGCUGCUGGGGCUUCUGGUGGUCCUACUGGAGCUGGAGCUGCUAGAGGUGCUGGAGCUAGAGGUGCUGCUAGAGCUGGUGCUCCUGUGGGUGCAGGAGAUGGCGCUACUGGAGCAGCUGGAGGUGCUGCUGGAGCUGGCGGUGCUCCCGGAGUUGGAGCUCCUGCUCGGGGUGCUGGUGCUGUCCCUGCUGGUUCUGGAGGCGCUCAGCGGCCUUCUUCAGCAGGUUCUUGCGUUGUGA